AGGCGUGAACAUGCAACUCGUCUCACAAACGCCGCAAAGCCUUCAGGAAAAGAAAGACAAUUUCUUCUUGUUCCUUCUCCCACGCGCGACGUUUUAACAUUUUUUUUUUGUGUGUCCUACUUUGUCUGCCACUGAGUCGAGUUAUGGUUGAAGGAUACUUAACACAAAAAAUUUAAACCCACUCCCCCCUGCGGUGGCUGCUGUUGGCGGAUUUUAGUGCAGUGGGCAUGAAGAAGAGGAGGAGAAAGCAAGGCUAUCAGGAAGCAAAAGGCUGAUAGUGUUAAUUAAAAGAUGCCCGCGGAGACGCACUCCUUUCGAAACAUGUCCGCCGUGGGCCGAUUCCCAAGCAUCACUUUCACCGCGGUGGACGAGGACACCGAGGAGGCCUCCGAGGAGACCCCCAAGGAGGCCAAAGACACUGCGUGCCGGCGGUGGCUGCGACGUGUGUGUCAGUGCUGCUGCGCCGAGACCGAUGAUGAAAUCGCCAACACUCUAGUGACGGACCUGGAAGACGUCAAAGACCACUGGGAGCCUGGCGAAACGCCUGCGCCGGGCGAUAGUGAGCUCGGAGAGUUGCCCCUCAAGGUGAAAUCAAUCGACUUCAUGAGGAGCAAAACGGGAGCCGAGCGCCUAGCGCACCGCACGCACCUCUAUCUAUGCGACGACUUCAUCAUCCGGAGAGGGCAGACAUUCCACAUGUGGCUCACGCUGUCGCGACCGUUCCGGCUCGACACGGACAAACUUCACCUGGAAUUAAAAACGGGGCCUCUACCAACGGUGUCAAAGGGAACCCACGUCAUUAUCCCCCUAGUGGACGAGCUGCAGGACAACCGCUGGCAGGCCGCCCCUGUGGAGUUGGACGGCGCCAGGAUGAAGCUGUCUAUCAACUCCUCGGCCAGCACCGCCGUCGGCCGCUAUCGCCUCCAGGUGGAAACGGAGUGCCCGAGUGGACGUGCUAUUUCUGCACACGACCCGGCUAACGACAUCUAUGUGCUGUUCAACCCCUGGUGUGACGACGACGCAGUGUUCAUGGACGCUGAAGACGAGCGUCAGGAGUACGUCCUCAACGACGUGGGGCGCAUUUAUUACGGCACGCAGGAUCAAAUUGCUGUCCGGACGUGGGACUACGGACAGUUUGACGACGGCAUACUGGCCGCGUGUCUGUUCGUCCUGGAAAAGAGUGGAACUCCUCCAUCUGGGUGGGGUGACCCUGUCAAUGUGGUGCGAGUCGUGUCAGGCAUGAUCAACUCUCGCGAUGACCAGGGUGUUGUGGAGGGAAACUGGUCGGGGAAUUACAUUCAAGGAACAUGUCCGACUGUCUGGAGCGGGAGUAUGGAAAUACUGACGCAAUACCACAAAAACAACGGCACCCCCGUCAAGUACGGCCAGUGCUGGAUCUUUGCCGGUGUUGUUACCACAGUGUUGAGGUGUUUAGGCAUUCCCAGCCGAACGGUGACCAAUUACAGCUCAGCCCACGACACCGACGUCUCCUUGACAACUGAUGUGUACCUGGACGAGGACCUGCAACCCUUGGCUCAUCUGAAUUCGGACUCCGUCUGGAACUUCCACGUGUGGAACGAGUGCUGGAUGGCUCGUCACGACUUGCCCCCGGGAAUGGGCGGCUGGCAAGCGCUGGACGCCACGCCCCAGGAAACCAGUCAGGGCACCUUCCGCUGCGGCCCCGCCUCUCUCGCCGCCAUCCGUAACGGUCAGGUGUUCCUCAAGCACGACGCCCAGUUUGUGUUUGCCGAGGUGAACAGCGAUAAAAUCUACUGGCAGAGGAAUCCAGAUGGGACCUUCUCCAAGAUACACAGCGAGAAGAAGGUCGUGGGCCACCUCAUCAGCACCAAAGCCGUCGGCUCGGACGAACGCAGCGACAUCACACACCUUUACAAGCAUCCUGAAGGAACGGAGGCGGAGCGCAUCGCCGUGGAGACGGCGUGUCGUUACGGCUCCAAGGCGGACGCAUACUCCUCCCCCGAGGUGGAGGACGUCCUCAUCGAGGUGGCCUUGGAUGGCGACGGCCCCCAAAUGGGGCGGGACGCUGAGCUGACCCUAACAUUGAGAAACAGCAGCGCAGAACAGCGCCACAUCAUCCUGCACAGCCAAGUGGCCAUCAUGUACUACACCGGUGUCCACAAGGCCACCGUCAAGACGGACCACACCAAUCUGGAACUGCUGCCCACUGAGAAGAAGGUUUUGGAGUGGACCCUUGAGUACAAAGACUACAAGGACCAACUGGUGGACCAGGCCGCCCUCAUGCUGACAUUGUCAGGUCGGGUCAUGGAGACACAGCAGGUCCUCGCCACUCAGUUCAGUUUCCGACUCAGGACUCCAGACCUACUCUUAAAACCCGUCGGGAAGGCCGUUGUCGGGGAGAAGAUCGCGGUGGAGAUUUCCUUCACUAACCCCCUACCUCAGGUGCUGAAGUCGGUCAUGUUCCACGUCGAGGGACUUGGCCUUGCCACCGCUCGAAAGAUUCAUUACGGAGAUAUCGGAAGUCGAGCCACCGUCUCCCUGACUGAGCACUUGGUACCCACGCUUGCCGGGUCCAGGAAAUUACUGGCGUCUUUACAUUGCCAGCAGCUAACGCAGGUCCACGGCGUGAUGGACGUCGCCGUGCACGAAAGGAACUAUGGCGCGGUAUAGUGACUGACCUUUCCUGUUGAAAGGAGCAACAACAAAUAGUGAAACUUUAUAUAUGGUCUGACCAGGAUUGUUUUUUCUAAAAAAAGCCUUCAGUCAAAUGUUGGAUUUCACCUUGGAAAGGAUGAAGGUCCAAGUGUAAGUUAGGACUCACACAAAGCAAUUCACAAGCUUUAAGUCCUUGUCCUUUCCAUUUGCUUUUGGGCAUGAUUAGGUUGAAAUAACUCUUUGACACACAGUGAACCUCGAGAAGGGCAAUGCGGGUGAGAAAGUGGUGAACAAGUCUGCCUCGCAGCGCCCUGGUACUGGGUUCUUGAUUCAAGCGCUCCUUCAUAGCGUUAGCAUAGGUUCUGCCUACAUUCCAAACACGUUACUUUCACUAAAGGUGUGAAUGUAAGCGUGAAUGCGUAUCUAUAUGUGACCAACCCAGGCUGUACCCUGCUUUUCUCACCCCAAAGUCAGCUGGUAUAUGCUUAAAUUGACCCAUGACACUAAUCAGCACACGCACUACAGAAAACGAAUAGAUGGUUGAAUGAAACCUUGAGUACUAUCAUCCAUGUGGCACUCAAAUCCAGAACCUCUCGACACUGAUUCAAAACCUGCUAACUGCCCUGAGAUAGUAUUUAAAUCAAAAAUGCUUAAAAUAAAUAAAUACAAUUAAAAGCUGCACCUCUAAAGUUGUGCAAAACACCAGAGAGUGCAUUUUAUACAGAUAUGAUCAUAAUACAGCUGGUAUCAUGAUACGCUUACUAUCGCAAUAUCGCCGAUAUCUCGAUACAACUAUUAUUAUAAGUAGUAUCAUGAUACCGUUAGUAGCUUGAGAUGGCAGUAUCAUGAUAUGUUGAGUAUCACCAUACAGCAUGUGUAACAACUCAGAUACUGUAAUAUUACGAUACGAGAUGGCGCCUUGAGAUACAACCUGCUACUCAAAUUGAUUUGUUUGGCUUGAGAUUCAAGCGAAGGAUAGCAGCUGCCAUUGGAAUCAUGAUACGAUUACAUAGUAUCACCAUACGGCCAAAUAUCACUAAUAAGAUUGGAUCAUCACAAAAUUAUUUGCUCCGUUUCUGGUGAAUUUUGAAUCAUGUGAGCUGAGAGCAAACUGUAAGAAAACAUUGAAAUUAUUGCACAUUAAAACUGGACCAGAUGCACUCCAGCAUAUGAGGAGCACAUAUUCAUAUUUGAAUAAAUUCACCACUAUUCUUCGCUAACAUGGGCAAAGUUUUCACAA